AUGAUCAUAUUAGAGUCUCACAGCGUUAUCAUCAACGAUGUCCUGACUGACCGAUUUGAGAAACCAUCCCGAGCAGACAUUCAAUUUGUGGAUUACGACAAUGUCAGAUUCCAUUUAUCAACACCUUCAUCGAAAACACAAUUACUCUUAUCGAUGGGUAUUCAAUGUUGGCCAGAUUUAGUGAAGUAUGGUGCAAGAGAACAUUUACAGGAUGAAUAUCAAGAUUAUCUAUUACCUCAAGAUCAAACUGAACAAGAAUACGAUGUUAGUUUAAUCAUUGAUCUAGAGAAAUUACCUGAAAGCGGUGAAGACCGACUCGCACUUAUAUCGAGAAUAUCACAUUUGAAAUCAACAGCAAUGUCAUCACCGUUCUUAUCUGCUUUUUCAGAACAAUCUACCUUACAAGCGAAUUACAAGGAACCAGCAGGCGCUCAACAAGCAGAUAUAGUCCAACCUGAAAACAAAGGAGAACUGAAAAUCGUAAGAUAUAGAGAAGAGGAAGCAAUCUAUAUUCAAGCUACAAAUGAUAGAGUUACAGUUAUAUUCUCGACUGUUUUCAAAGAGGAAACUGAUAAAGUCUUUGGAAGGGUCUUCCUACAGGAGUUUGUCGAUGCACGUAAACUCAAUGCCCUACAAAACGCUCCUCAAGUGAGGUAUUCUAAUCGAGAACCACCACUUGAGAUCAGACAUCUACCAGGACUAAAGAACGGUGAAGACUGGGGCUAUGUGACAUUCGUAUUAUCACCAAGACAUUUCUCAAAUCCCACCCAAGCGCAAGCAAAUAUCAACCGGAUCCAACUAUUCAGAGAUUAUCUUCAUUAUCACAUUAAAUGCUCCAAAGCUUACAUGCACUCUAGAAUGAGACAUAGAGUAGCUGAAUUCCUCAAGAUCCUCAACAGAGCUAAACCUGAAGUCGCAGCUACAGAAAAGAAAACUGCCACGGGUAGAACAUUCAGGACUAGAUAA